AUGGCGGCGGCGGCGGCCCCCGCCGCGGGACCCGCCACCCCCGCGACGGCCGCCUCGGCCCCGGCCCCGGUCCCGGCCCCGGGCCCCGGCGUGCGGCUGCCGGGCCGCGUGCUGGAGCUGGUGUUCUCCUACCUGGAGCUGUCGGAGCUGCGGAGCUGCGCGCUGGUGUGCAAGCAGUGGUACCGCUGCCUGCACGGCGACGAGAACAGCGAGGUGUGGCGGAGCCUCUGCGCCCGCAGCCUCGCCGACGACGCCCUGCGCACCGACAUCCUCUGCAACCUGCCCAGCUACAAGGCCAAGGUGCGGGCCUUCCGGCACGCCUUCAGCACCGACGACUGCUCCCGGAACGUCUACAUCAAGAAGAACGGCUUCACGCUGCACCGCAAUCCCAUCGCCCAGAGCACGGACGGGGCGAGGACCAAGAUCGGUUUCAGCGAGGGCCGCCACGCCUGGGAGGUGUGGUGGGAGGGCCCGCUGGGCACCGUGGCCGUCGUCGGCAUCGCCACCAAGAAGGCGCCCAUGCAGUGCCAGGGCUACGUGGCCCUGCUGGGCAGCGACGACCAGAGCUGGGGCUGGAACCUGGUGGACAAUAACCUGCUCCACAAUGGAGAAGUCAACGGCAGUUUCCCCCAGUGCAACAACGCGCCCAAAUACCAGAUCGGGGAGAGGAUCCGCGUCAUCCUGGACAUGGAAGACAAGACUUUAGCUUUCGAGCGAGGCUACGAGUUCCUGGGGGUGGCCUUCCGCGGCCUGCCCGAGGCCUGCCUGUACCCGGCCGUGUCGGCGGUCUACGGCAACACGGAGGUUCCCGUAGCUGGCGGGCCGUUUUUCUAUCCGAGACGAUCGCGAGGAGAUCAGCCUAAAACUCGUCACUGCAGAUUCCCUUUCCUCGGAGGAAUGAGGAGAGGCAAGCUAUUUUCUGUUACGGAAUUAGUAUUUUUCGAUAACCGCCGCUCGACACUACCAACGCACGUUGAUGUGAUGUCCGGCCCUACCUCUUCGCCCCCCGAGGAAGAAAAAAACAACAACAAACGUCGCCUCGCGGCACAGGAAGGCGCCGUUCGCCCUCACGGGUCGGGACGCCGGCGAAGCGGUCCGGAUUCCGGAAGCGAGCCGCCCGAGCGGUCGGCCGCGUCGCUCCUUCGGCCGACGGGCGCGUCCCCGCCGGUCAGCCGUGCCCGUCGGGCGCCGCCGGGCCGGGCCGCGCGCCCCGGAGAGCGUGAUCCGGCGGGGCCGGGCCCCGCCCGCCAGGCGCGUAGCGUCCGGACCUGCCGCGGUCCUGCUUCCGUAGGACGGGCCGGGCCGCCCGCCUCUCCGGGGGAUCGGCCCCGGGCCGUGAGCCCCUUAAGGGCAGGGAGCGCGUCGGCCGACGGCGUCCCCGUGGUUCUCUCCCCGGGGCCCGGGACAGUCCUCUCCGCACGCGGUGAGCGCUCCCCAGAUACCGCCGACUGACCGAUCGAUCCACCCCGGCGAGGUUUUCCCCGUCGGUGGAGUGACGCGGCGUGGCGACGAGAGUUCCCGGCCCUAGUCGCGGAGGGUGUGUCGUCGUCCCGUCGUCCCCCCCGCCCCGUCCCCCCCCCGAAGACGACCCACCUCUCUCGGGACGGGAAAGGUGGUCUCGUGUCCCCCCCCCCCCCGGGGCCGAGAGCUCCGUCCCGGCGGGGCUCUCCCGCGAGGCCGGAGGGUCUGUCCCGCGGCCCGGUGGCCAGAGCGCCGGCCGGGGAGUCCGAAGGACCCGGGUUCCGACCCCGGCCCCGGACGGGUCGCUCGGCUGCCCCGGGCCUCGGUUUCCUCAUCUGGAAAACGGGGAUGACCGCGAGCCCCACGGCGGCCGGCGGCCGCCCCCGUUCGCCCGUGUCCGCCCCGGUGCGCGACAGGUGCUCGACGGAUGCCGCGGUCACCAUCGGGACUGUCAUCGGUCAGACCCAGCCCGAGGUCCGGGAGGGUGCCGGGAGCCGACCGACGGAGCUUCCCGACGACGAUGACGGUGAGGUCGGGAGUUAAAGCCGAGCACCGCUUUGUAGGCGCCGAGGUGGCCAGAGGACGGGAUCAGGUCGGACCCAAGUCCCCCGUCCCACCCGGGGCUCAGAGUCUAAGGGGAGGGGAGUCGGGCGUCGAAUUCCCCGUUGGGUUUUUUUUUUCCCCAGAUGAGGGACCCGAGGCCCAGAGUCGUCGGGGGACUCGCCCGAAGCCACCCAGCGGGGAGGCCCGACUCACCCUUGACGCGGAAGGCAGCGCCGCUCUUCCGCGCGAGGAAGCCCACCGCGCGCGGUCACGCGCGGGACUUGUGACGGGGCUCUCUCGAAGUAGAAUCUCGGUUGCUGCGGGGCGGGCGGGGGCUCGCGCGCGCGCGCGCGCGUGUGUCUGUGGCGGCUGAGUGCGGGUGGGCGGGAGGGGGUCCGACGGAGCCAGGAGAGACGGCGCGCAGGGCAGCGGGCCGGGCCGAUCGGAUUCGAAAUCCCACUUGACGCGCCGAGGAGGAAGGGGAGGAGGCCGCAGGACAGAGGUCCGACACCUUGCCGCCGCGAGAAGGGGGUUUACGUAUUCAUUUGUCGAACGUUCGGUCCGUUACUCGAAAGGGAUAGCUGGCGGGGGGCGGGGGGGGGGGGGGGUCCACCCUUACCUCCCGGCGAAGAGAGAGAGAGAACCGACUCUUCGGGGUCGAGACCAUCCGAAUGAAGCGGGUCGGCCCGUGUGGGUCGCGCGCGGACGUCGCUGCUACGGAAGAACGGAUCUUUCGGGCCUCUGAGCUGAGGCAGGAGCGGAGCGGAGUGCCGCCGUCGGGUUGAAGGAGGUUCCCGGCCCCCCGCGCGAAACGGCGGAUUUCCUCGGCGCUCGCCACUUGCGCAUUUAAGUCCGGUCGGUCGGUCGGUCGAUCCCCAGGUGUUUCCCCCGGAGGUUUUGCGGAGAAGUCGGAUUUCCGAUGACCGUCUUCCGAUAACCUUCGUUGACCCCAGAGUUUCGUAGGAGUUGGCGGACUGUGAGACCAAGUUGCUGCACAGCGAACUUACAAUCAGGCAUUGGCUCAAUAUCAUGAAAAGUGAUCUCUAACCCUCUCCCCCCUCCCCCCCCCCAAAAAAAAACUUUAUAACCGAUGAUAAUUCGACCAUUGCCGACUUAUUGGUAUUUCCAGUGUCCCAAUUUGCGAUUCCUUUCGAGCGGAGUUGGGGGGGGGGGGGGGGGGGGGGGGGUGGCCAGGGAGUGAAGAAUCUUCACUUCUGACUUGUUCUAACUUAUUGCAGGAGACCAAUACUAGCUGUACAAAAUAUUAAAAUAAACUGUUACAAUGUUCCCGGAAA